CAGAAGUCCCAGCUGCAGGAGCAGUUUAUCUGCAGAAGUGCACUUUUACUGAUAGAGCUUGUUUUCGUUUUUUAAAGGCUGUUUUUCCCUGUCUGCCAGUAGAGCACCGUGUUUCCAGGGAUGUAGCGUGGUCAGGUGUUUAUUUGCCUGGCUCGGAAGGGAAGGGACGGCUGCUCCGGGUGUAUUUGCUCUGUGUGGCUCUCCUCUUCCCAUCCGGAAUCUGUAGGAGCUCCAUCAGUUUGCAGUGGGAAUUCUCUCGUGGAAACUAACAGGGAUGCCAAAGGAAAAAUAUGAUCCUCCAGAUCCUCGCAGAAUUUACACCAUCAUGUCAGCAGAAGAGGUAGCCAACGGGAAGAAGUCACACUGGGCUGAGUUGGAAAUCUCAGGCAGAGUGCGGAGCUUAAGUUCGUCGCUCUGGUCGCUGACGCACCUGACGGCUCUGCACCUCAAUGACAACAAUCUUACUCGCAUUCCACCUGAUAUUGCCAAGCUCCACAAUCUGGUUUACCUGGAUCUGUCAUCCAACAAACUCAGAAGUUUACCAGCAGAACUAGGAAACAUGGUGUCUCUCAGGGAAUUGCUUUUAAAUAACAAUCUGUUACGGGUUUUGCCUUAUGAACUUGGACGGCUCUUCCAGCUACAAACCCUGGGUUUGAAAGGCAAUCCUUUAUCCCAAGAUAUUCUCAGCCUCUACCAGGAUCCAGACGGAACCCGAAAGCUACUGAACUACAUGCUUGACAAUCUAGCAGUUCAUCCAGAGCAGCUGCCUCCAAGGCCAUGGAUUACUUUAAAAGAACGAGACCAAAUUCUGCCCUCAGCUUCAUUUACAGUUAUGUGUUACAAUGUGUUGUGUGAUAAAUACGCCACCCGGCAGCUCUAUGGCUACUGCCCAUCCUGGGCACUCAACUGGGAGUACAGGAAAAAGGGAAUCAUGGAAGAAAUAGUCAACUGUGAUGCAGAUAUCAUUAGUCUUCAGGAAGUGGAAACGGAGCAAUACUUCACCCUUUUUCUGCCAGCCUUGAAGGAACGGGGAUACGACGGAUUCUUUUCUCCGAAGUCACGUGCCAAAAUCAUGUCCGAGCAGGAGAAAAAGCAUGUGGAUGGCUGCGCCAUAUUCUUCAAAACUGAAAAGUUCACGCUGGUGCAGAAGCACACGGUGGAGUUCAACCAGGUGGCCAUGGCCAACUCGGAAGGUUCGGAAGCCAUGUUGAACAGAGUGAUGACCAAGGACAACAUCGGAGUCGCCGUGGUGCUGGAGGUGCACAAGGAAUUAUUUGGAGCAAGUAUGAAAUCGCUUCACGUGGACAAGCAGCUGCUCAUCGUGGCCAAUGCCCACAUGCACUGGGACCCCGAAUACUCAGAUGUGAAACUCAUCCAGACCAUGAUGUUUGUCUCGGAACUGAAAAACAUCCUGGAGAAAGCCUCGAGCAGGCCCAGCAGCCCGACAGCAGAUCUGAACUCCAUCCCUCUGGUGCUGUGUGCGGAUCUCAACUCCCUGCCUGAUUCAGGUGUAGUGGAAUACUUAAGCAACGGCAUAGUGGCCGACAACCACAAGGACUUCAAGGAGCUGCGUUACAACGAGUGUCUCAUGAACUUCAGCGGGAACGGGAAGAACGGAGCUUCCGAAGGCAGGAUCACGCACGGCUUCCAGCUCAAGAGCGCCUACGAGAACAACUUGAUGCCUUACACCAAUUACACUUUUGAUUUCAAAGGUGUGAUUGACUACAUUUUCUACUCCAACACCCACAUGAACGUGCUCGGAGUCCUGGGGCCUUUGGACCCUCAGUGGCUGGUGGACAACAACAUCACUGGGUGCCCACACCCCCACAUCCCCUCCGACCACUUCUCCCUGCUCACCCAGCUGGAACUCCACCCUCCGCUCCUGCCUCUCGUCAACGGGGUGCACCUCCCGAGCCGGAGGUAGUGCAGCCCUGCCCCUGGAAGGGCACGGACCUGUUCCCACGGACCUGUACAGUUGUAAAUCCAAGUAUAUAGGAGUGAAGUAUGGCCAACCUUAAGCUGCUGCUUCGAGCUCCUUUCCCUUAUGUGUUUGAUAUGAGAUUUUUGCACAUUUUGGUGCAUAUUGGUAUCAUUUGGCACUAGGGCUGGAACCAAAGUAUUAUUCCCCUUUCCAGGUUUUUAAUUUAAUUUUUUGUUUUGGGUUGUUUGGGGUUUUUUUUUAUUUUAUUUUAAACUGGCUUUUUCUUUUCAGUAGGAAGCUGCACUUCUAAACGGACAAAUGAGAUUAAUAACUUGGCAUUUAACAUAUUUCAAGGUAAUGCUUUUUUCCAGAACGUGGCGAAAUGAGCCAACCUUUUAAGACAAAAAAAAGCAAAACUAGAGAUGCUUGUUUUGUAGGAAGAAUAUUAGAAAUACUGUUUGUUUGAACCCAAAACGGAGACUGAACUCUGCAUCCAACAUAAAAUUUGCACAUUAGUGAAGCACUUGAUACAUGACUAUAAAUGAUUGGCAGCGUGGCCCUGCCCCUUGUCUCACUACUAUCAGAAAACCAAAGAUAGCCAAAUAUCUGUGAUCAAAUUCGAGCUCUAAAUCCUCCUGAUGCCAAUUUAUUUGGGAGCUGUUGUCGGUCAGGGUUGAAUUAAAAAGCUGCUGGUUCCUUCCCAACUGUUAAUGCUCUUUGGAUGUGUUGGAAAUCCUUUUUUCCUUCCUUUUAAUGCUCUGGGUGGCCAGUUCAAAACCUUGUGCCUGAAGAGGCAUUAAACAUGAUGCAAUUUUCUGAAAAAAAAACAAAACAAAACACAAACCUGUUUGGCUGCUUAAUGUUUAAAAAAAAAAAAAAAGGCACAGUGAUAGGAAAAGGUCGUGUCUGUGUUUUUAAGUUUUUCUUUAUUCUGCUUUUUUGCUGCUAUAAGAUUUUCUUGAAUUUCUAUUUGAAACUUUUCAUGCACUUUACUGUUUCUAGUCUCCAAAUGUGAUAUUUUUAAUAAAUGAAAAACAUUUUCCAUGAUGUGAAUGAAAUUUUUAAGCAGAUUGAUAAGCCUAUAUUUAUGUCUCAUUCGUAUACUUUAAAAAAAAAAGUCCAAUUUAAAUUGUGAAAUUAGUUUUCAAUACUAAGGAGCCACCUUCUGUCUUGCAAAACUGCCAAGUCAGGCUGUUUCUCUUUAAUUAAACAUUUCCUUUGUUGUGGAUAUUAUCCAUAGGGGGAAAAAAAGACCCCAAUUGGACUUAGAGGAGAAACUGUUCCCUGACUCUGGUUGGAGGUUGGGGAGGGGGGGUGGGUGGGCCAGAAUGCAAAAAUGGGUUCAACAAAAUGACAACUUUUCCCUUGGAAAAGAAGUGCCUAAAAAAAUGGAGGCAUCAUUAGUGGUCUGUGAUCAAUUGGAAGCAAUGGGAGCUGAGGAAAAUUCCUGUGCGGCACCUGAUUUGUGCAAAAAAAAAAACAAACAACCCCAAAACCAAAAAGCCAAAAAAAAAAAAAAGGCCCUUUACAGAUUGAUUUUCCUCCGGGUGCAGGUAUCUCUGAAUAUACCUCAGCCUUCCCCACCUGGCUAUGGCACAUGGAUUUGUUGAGAGUACUGGAAAGUAGAAUAGCAUGAAAAACUUAAUUCUGUGGACAUUACCUUUCCGUAACCAGCUGCUGUAUGUUUUUUUUUGGGAAGGAGGGGGUUGCUUUUCUCUGGAGGUGUGCACUGACCUGCUCCUCCUGUUCCUCCACGCACGGUAACUCCCAACGUGAGCAGUGUUUCCCACCAUACUUCACUCCCAGUAUUUUUUUGAGCUGUUUGUAUAAAAUGGAAUUUCCAGGUCACCCAUGGUUGUCUAUGAACUGCAGAGGAGUUUAGUAAUAAAAACACAAACCCAA